CAUGUGCUGAGGACCCCCAGGACAUGAAAGCAACUGAUCACCCCGACAUGAAGCAGAUCACCAUGAGACCGCUGACUUUCCUCUGCUGCUGUAUAUCCAUCCUUCCAGGUGUUCUGCCGGCUCAGGGAAGAUUCGCCUACAAACUGAUGAACGACCUUUUUGUGAAUUACUCCAACGCUCUGCGUCCGGUGGACGACAUGGACAAGGCGAUGAACGUCACCCUGCAGGUCACCCUGUCCCAGAUCAUCGACAUGGAUGAGCGGAAUCAGAUCUUGAUAACGUAUCUGUGGAUCCGGCAGGUAUGGUACGACGCCUACCUGCGCUGGAACAAGGAAGAAUACGAUGGUCUGGAUACCAUCCGUAUACCGAGUAGUUAUGUCUGGAGACCCGAUAUUGUCCUCUAUAACAGUGCUGAUGACCAGUUCACGGGAUCCAUGGAGACCAAUGUUAUGAUUCGGUACGACGGUAAGAUUAUGUGGGACUCACCGGCCAUCACCAAGAGCUCCUGCAAAGUGGACGUCUCCUUCUUCCCAUUUGAUAGACAGCAAUGCCGCUUGACCUUUGGCUCUUGGACCUACAAUGGGAACCAGAUCGAUAUCCUCAAUCACCUGGACACGGCGGACCUGACGGACUUUGUGGAGAAUGUGGAAUGGGAAGUUCUGGGGAUGCCAGCCAAGAAAAAUGUCAUCACCUAUGGGUGCUGUUCUGAGCCGUACCCCGAUGUCACCUACACCCUAAUGCUGAAGAGAAGAGCCUCCUUCUACAUCUUCAACCUCCUCCUUCCAUGUGUGAUGAUCUCCUUCCUCGCCCCUCUGGGCUUUUAUCUGCCGGCAGACUCCGGGGAGAAGGUGUCACUGGGUGUCACGGUCCUCCUGGCCCUCACCGUAUUCCAGCUGCUGGUGGCGGAAAGUAUGCCGCCCUCCGAAAAUGUGCCACUAAUCGGAAAGUAUUACAUUGCCACGAUGACCAUGAUCACGGCCUCCACCGCCCUCACCAUCUUCAUCAUGAACAUCCAUCACUGCGGCCCGGAGGCCAAGCCCGUCCCCAAGUGGGCCAAGAAGUUCAUCCUGCAGUACAUGUCGCGGAUAUUCUUUGUCUAUGAGGUGGGUGAGAGCUGCAAGAGGGCGCAAGCCGAGCCAGAGAGGCCAACCAAUGGACAGGCCAUAAACGGGCAAGCCAAAAAGGAGGAGCCCCCCGCGGUACCGAAGAGCUGUCCAGACAGCGGUCCCAACACCAAGGUGGUGAAGGAGGAGAUGGACUGGGCAUACCAGGGUGGGAAAUACGAAGGCUCUGAUCCCUGCAGGUCUGGGACGGGGUGUGGAGACCAAGAGUGCUCCAAAAUUCAUUGUCUGUGCCAUAAUGAACGCCUGCUGAAAAACAUUAACUACAUGGCCAACUGCUUCCGGGAACAAAAGGCCGCUCAGAAACGGACUGGCGAGUGGAAGAAGGUGGCAAAGGUCAUGGACCGUUUCUUCAUGUGGGUGUUCUUCAUCAUGGUCUUCUUCAUGAGCGUGCUUAUCAUGGGAAAAGCCAUCUGAAGGGCUCCCGAUGGAGGACUAGGU